CAAAUUAAAAUUUAUUAGUUCGAUUUGAUUGAGAAAAAAUCCGAUUCGAUUUUUUUAAUUUUUUUAGUUUAAUCAAAACUGAAUUGAUCAAUCGUACAACCUUAAUCUAAACGGUAAAACUAGCCAAAUCAACGAAUUCCGAUCCGAAAUCACACCGAAACUCGCCCGGCCAUGUCCGGGUGAAAUUGUCGACACUUCUCCGUAGAAAAAUCUGAAAGCUGAAUUAUACGCGUCCAAUGAUGGACCCACAAAAUCAACACACGUUCCUCAUCCGACGUCCUUACACGCUAAAAACACGCAAACACUUCUUUCAUUUUCUCCCUCUUCCGCCCGCGUCCACCUACAUCGCCUCCUAUAUGUCCUCUUGAUCCAAAUCCAAACUCAAAUCUCAUCAAUCCAAUAAUGGCUUCUAAACCCUCCUCCUCCACUCUUUACUUCCAAGACAUGGACGAGCUACAGAAGGUCUUCAACCAGUUUGACACCAACGGUGACGGUAAGAUCUCCGUUGCUGAACUAGGUGGCGUUCUCAAAGCCAUGGGCUGUAACUACACCGACGCCGAGCUCAAGCGCGCCAUGGACGACGUUGACACCGACAAGGAUGGCUUCAUCAAUCUCCAGGAAUUCUCUCAGCUCUUCCAAUCCUCCUCCGGCGGUGACGCUGACUCCGAGUUGAAGGAGGCUUUCGAUCUGUAUGACCAGAAUAAGAAUGGACUCAUCUCAUCUGCUGAGUUGCACAAGGUGUUGAAUCGCUUGGGGAUGCCGUGUUCUUUGGAUGAUUGUGUUAGGAUGAUAACGAGUGUCGAUUCGGAUGGGGAUGGGUGUGUCAAUUUCGAAGAGUUUCAGAAGAUGAUGGCUGCUACUGCCAACAAUAGAACCACUACUAACACAGGCAAAUGAAACAGACGAAGAGUUUUCUUCGGUUUCGAUCUGGGUACUUUUACUAGUUUUCUCCCUUUUUGCUUUAAUUCUAAUUCGUAGUGAUAAGCGAAUAUUUUAUAUAUAUAAUGGUCUUUUAGUUUUUGAAUUAUUAA